AUGGCCCCCGAUGCCACGGAAUAUCUCUUCUAUUGGCUGCUCGCCACAGCAACCAUAGCGCAUGCAGGUGGUAUUCCUUGGACAAUGCCAUGGUCUGAUCAAAGCUACGGCCCAGAUGGCCCGUGGCACGCUGUGUCGAUUGAUUUGGGAUCCAACAAGCAGUCAAUUGAUCUCUACCCCGGCGACCGAUGGGCUAGUGUCAUUCUGGUCGAUACCGUCUGCUCUGACAACUCAACUCCCUGUUAUGCAAGUCGAGCUGGUCUCUUCGACCUCAACGCAUCAACAUCUGCCGUCACCUUAAACACACCGACCGACCCGAAUGAUCUAAAAUGGCUCUCUGAUCAGAAAAGUUCCGGCGUGAAUAAUUGGGGUGGUACCGGAUAUGUCAAAGAAGGGGUUCUCGCCGAUACGAUCACGCUGCAAAAUGGACAUAGUGUGCCAAACGUCUCUAUGGCAACGAUUUACGAAGCCUACCAAGAGUACCCAAAUGGAAAAAAAUACCCGGUUUCUGUGGGGACCUUGUCGUUGGGAGGUACAAAGCCUACCCACGUGGUGGAUGGGAGUAGGUUCAAUUUGCUAUCCGCUUGGGAGCAUUGGAACGAUUCUUCGUCUGACCGUAUUCCAUCAUACUCAUGGGGGAUGCACAUUGGAUCUGUGGAACCUGACAUUCCGGGCUCGUUGGUCCUUGGCGGGUACGAUCAAAGCCGAGUGCUGGACCAAGUAAGCUCUCAGCAGGUUGAUGAUACGAGACAUCUCGGCAAUCUCAAGAUUUCUCUCGAAGACAUCGGGAUAGGCGUUGCCACUGGGGACUCACCGUUUGACUUCGAGAAUAAAUCAGGGCUGUUCAAAUGGGGAAAUAGCAUCAGCAGCAGGGCGAAAAGUGUGGAGAUCGAUGCUACACUUCCAUACCUUUAUCUUCCUAAGGAAACAUGCGAUACCGUGGCAGCUGAGCUCCCGGUUACAUUUAACGAAGAUCUGGGUCUAUAUUUCUGGAACACAGACGACAAAAGCUCCGAGAAAAUAACAUCCUCCCCGGCAUACAUGUCCUUCACAUUCGAGAAGGAUGCGACAAACACUCAAAAUAUCACCAUAAAAGUUCCUUUUCAACUUCUGAAUCUCACACUUCAAGAACCACUGGUGGAACACAACACAACUUACUUCCCAUGUUAUCCCUCUGACUCUUUCAUCCUCGGCAGAGCUUUCCUUCAGGCAGCCUUUAUUGCCACAAACUGGCAAGAAGGCAUUGGGAGCGGCUACUGGUUUUUGGCACAAGCACCUGGGCCGGCGAUUGGAUCAGGUGCUCAGCAGAGCAUUGGGAUUAGUGACAUCUCGAUCAAGCCUUCAGCCAAUUCGUGGGAAGACAGCUGGAAUGGGUAUUGGGAACCUCUUUCAUCGAAGAACUCCAACUCCAGUCUCCCAACUGAGGCGAAGGCCGAAACUGGCCCCUCCAACUCCAGUCUCUCAACUGGAGCAAAGAUUGGCAUUGGCAUUGGAUGUGCGGUUGGUGGCUUGGUAUUGAUUGGGAUAAUUGCCUACAUAAUCAUAUCCCGUCGAAGGCGAACAAAUUCGUACACAGAGACCAAAGAUGAACAUAGCCAUGCACCGAUUCCUGCCGAUCAGGCGAAUCCAUUUUCAGCGACCGAGUUGUAUACUCGUUAUACAAGUGAGCUGCAAUCAGACAAGGGCAUUCAGGAAGUACCAGGGUCUACUACGAUACGUCACGAACUUUCGUGA